AGAGAGAGAGCGAGAGCGAGAGCAGAGCGAGAAGUGUGCCGAGCGUCCACGAGGCCAUUGGACGGGAGCUGGGGCGAAACAUGGGCGACGACUGCCGCAGCCUGUCGUCAAUCCUCGUUAGACCUCGCGGGCUCUCUCGCGUCUGCUGCCUUUAUAAGUAGGUCGCAGCGAUCCGUUCAUGGAAUCAGUCGCACUUUCGCACAACCCGCUGCGGUAUAUAUAAAACUCUGAGCAUCCAUCGACCCCACACUCUUCGUCCUCACCCACAUUCUCUCGCACAGGCGCAGCAGCAGGCACAGCAGACACACGCGCUCUCACGAUCGUCUCCUUCGAGCGAGGGAGAGAGAGAGAGUAAGAGAGAGAGAGCUGAGGCGUUGGGAGUGGGAGGAUUAGAUUUUCUCCACUGUAGUUGUUGUUGUUGCGGCCGCAGCCAGGGCAGAGGACAGUGCAAGGAUUCGCAAUGGCGGCCGGACGAACCUCCAUGCUGGCUGUCAUGCUCAUCGCAGGGCUCCUGCAGAGCGCCUCCGCUGCCACUUACACUGUGGGAGGCGCUCAGGGCUGGACAUUCGCCGCCUCGCCCACAUUCUACGACGAGUGGGCUCAGCAGCAGACAUUCGUCGUCGGCGACGAGCUUCUGUUCCCGUACCUCGACGGCACGCACGAUGUGAUGGAAGUGAGCCAAGCUGAUGUGACGAGCUGCAGCAUUGCCACCCCGAUCCAGCACUGGACUCAGGCCAAUGCCGUCGUCACGCUCACCACCGCCGGGUACCAUGGCUACAUCUGCAGCCUGCCCGGCCACUGCACCGGCAACAUGAAGAUGAACCUGCAGGUGACAGCCGCGCCCACCGUUGCCCCCGUCGUUGCCCCCGUCGCCUCCCCACCCGGCGUGCCUCCCACCGUCGCUCCCGUCGUCGCCCCCGUGUUGGCCCCCGUCGCCGUUCCCGGCGCUGCCCCGACUCUUGCCCCCGUCGUUGCCCCGGUGUUGGCCCCCGUCGCUGUCCCCGGCUCUGCCCCAGUCCUUGCCCCCGUCGUUGCCCCGGUGUUGGCCCCCGUCGCUGUCCCCGGCUCUGCCCCAGUCCUUGCCCCCGUCGUUGCCCCCGUCGCCUCUCCCCCCGGCGUUCCCCCCACCGUUGCCCCCGUCGUGGCCCCGGUCGUGGCUCCCGUCGUGGCGCCUGUCGUUGCCCCCGUUCCCAUGACCCCCGAGGUGUCACCCACCAUGGCUCCCCCAGCCCCCUUCUUCCCCGUCGCCGACGAGCCCAGCGAGCCACCAGCUGAUUCUCCCUCAAGCGCCUUCGGUCUCCAAAUCAGUGCAGCUGCGAUCGUGACCCUGGCAGCCGCUGUUGCUCUCGUCAUGUAAAUCUAAACUGGUUCUUCUCGUUGACCUGCUUGAUCUCUGGUGAGUGUCCGAAGAAAUUCUUACUUCGGUUUGACAGUCAGUGUGCAAGACUGUCGUGUAGGGGGGAAGCUGUGGUCUUUCUUUUGUGUGUAAAUGGGCCAGGUGUAGAGAGACACGAGAGUGAGAGGAGGGGAUUGGCCGCUGGAUAUGAGCUCGGUUCCUCUCUUGCAGCUGUUUGAUCAGGCAGGUCUUGAUAGAAAUUCUUUGGAAGCGUUUGUAGACAAUCUUGUAGUGAUUAGCAAGUGCGCUGCUAUUACCUCUAGAUGGUUCGUAGAAGAGACAUACAGACUAUUAUUUGAGUACACCUUACCCAGUGUAUUUCAACCAAUUCUUUUGUGAGUGUUGCACGCUUGCACAUCGUCAGUAGCCUUUUUUGUCGAUGUGAAGCUGGCCAUCACAGCAGCAGCUAUACUCAAACCAACCAUGAUUGUUAGGUUAGUGCCUCUUCAGUGUAAAAUUUAGUUAUGUUACGUGAUGCUCCGCCGGAUGGUUUCGUUCAUCCUGGACCUGGAGAGAAGUAGGCACGGUUCAUGGAGUUGUUGUGGAGCUCUUAGUCCGAGAUUAUGUUUUUAAUAAAUAAUGUGGUUACAUGUCA